AUGAAGUGCUGGAUUUACCCCGGAGACGCUGAGAAAAGGGAGAGAGGCUCGCAAAACCUGGUCCUGACCCAGCAGACACUACACUGGCCGCUGUGGGAAGUGGUAUGGAGGGAUGCGGCCGCUGUGGACUCAACCAGUGAUCAGGCCGACCCCGCCGCGCUGACAGCCCACUCGCACUGUCGUCUGCAGAGAAAGCAGCUCCAGAACGCACGCUCGCUACCUGUUUGGGGACACUUCACGCUGUCAUGCACCGGCAAAAAGGACAGAGAGGAGCACCCUGUCACUACGCAUCACAGUCACAGGCAGCCGCACCCGCCUCGUGGACCAAGACGAGCAGACGACGACAACUGGAGCAGAAAGGGAGAGGAGCAUCCCGCUGGCUCCAACACCACAGACAGCCAGAAGAGGAGGGGCGUGUGGUUCUCCUGCUCAGUGCCUUCUCCUGCUCAGUGCCUUCUCCUGCUCAGUGCCUUCUCCUGCUCAGUGCCUCCUCCUGCUCAGUGCCUUCUCCUGCACAGUGCCUUCUCCUGCUCAGUGCCUCCUCCUGCUCAGUGCCUUCUCCUGCUCAGUGCCUCCUCCUGCUCAGUGCCUCCUCCUGCUCAGUGCCUUCUCCUGCUCAGUGCCUCCUCCUGCUCAGUGCCUCCUCCUGCUCAGUGCCUUCUCCUGCUCAGUGCCUUCUCCUGCACAGUGCCUCCUCCUGCUCAGUGCCUUCUCCUGCACAGUGCCUCCUCCUGCUCAGUGCCUUCUCCUGCACAGUGCCUCCUCCUGCUCAGUGCCUCCUCCUGCUCAGUGCCUUCUCCUGCACAGUGCCUCCUCCUGCUCAGUGCCUUCUCCUGCACAGUGCCUCCUCCUGCUCAGUGCCUUCUCCUGCUCAGUGCCUUCUCCUGCUCCAGCCCCUCAGCUCUCUACUUUUACAGUCCUUGUAAGUUGGGGAUCGAGUCUGCCUGGUGGCACUGUCAGCACUACUGUCCCCGUCAAAAGUGA